AUGGCCAACGCGAAGGCGACCUCGCGUCUCUCCUCACUUCUCUCCCACAUCCUCCCCACAGCCUCCCCGUCCCCGCCUGGAUCCAUUGACAAUUUGAACGUGGAUGGCCGCCAAAUCAGCACUCCAACCUGGUUCAAUUUUCAUACCUUGUCACCUACCUUUUUCCUGCCUCGUGCCGCACAGAUCGAGCCCAAUGCCCCCGCAAUCUAUCACCGUACAGCUAACGGAGCCAUCUUGACCCGCACCUACGCCGAAUUUGCAGACCGCGCUCGGGGCUUCGCGUACUACCUUUUGAAGAAGCGCUACAAGCGUGUGGGCAUCCUCUGCACCAACACACCCGCGUUCCUCGACAGCAUCUUCGGCAUUGGUGCUGCGGGGUCCAUCAAUAUCGCGAUCAACUACCGCCUCAAAGCCGACGACAUUACCUACAUUUUCGAGCACUCCGACGCCGACAGCAUUGUCGUGGACGCAGAGUACGAAUCUCUUUUGGACGAAUACCGCAAGAAACAUCCACACAUUCCCAUCAUUGUCGACACCGAUACGGACCGCGCCGAUGGGCCUUUUGAUAAGGCCGUAGCCGAGGGCUACGCGUACGAUGCCGAACAUGGAAACCGUGGCUGGGCGGGUCUACAAGCACAAGCGCCAGAUGAACUGGCUGUGAACGCAUUGGCAUAUACCUCCGGCACGACCUCGCGGCCCAAGGGCGUCGAAUACACGCACCGCAGCUCUUACUUGGGCGCGCUAGGCAACGUGAUCGAAGCGGGCCUCAAUUAUCAUGAUGGCGAGCGCGCCAAGUACCUGUGGACGCUGCCAAUGUUCCACGCCAUGGGCUGGACGUUCCCGUGGGCCGUCACGGCAGCGCGCGGCACGCACUACUGUCUACGGAAGAUCGACUACCCGGAGAUCUGGCGGUUGUUGAAGGAGGAGGGCAUCACGCACUACUGCGCGGCUCCGACGGUAAACACCCUGCUGUGCAAUGACAAGAACGCUGCGGUGCUGGAUCGGCGGGUGCGCGUGGCGGUAGCGGCCAGCCCACCGACGGCGCAUCUGUUUGAGACCAUGAUGGGCUUGAAUCUGCAUCCGGUGCAUGUAUAUGGGCUGACCGAGACGUAUGGACCCAUCACCAAGGGGUAUAUUCUGCCGGAAUGGGCGGAGCUAGAGGAUAAAAAGCAGAUGUAUGCGAAGAUGGCGCGGCAGGGUCACGGAUUCAUCACGAGUUUGCCUGCUAGGGUGAUUAAGCAGGAGGAAGGGGAGAGGGGGGAGAUCAUUGACGUUCAACGGGAUGGGAAGGAGAUUGGUGAGAUUGUGUUUGAUGGAAAUAUCUGUGCGAGAGGCUAUUACAAGGACGAGAAAGCGACCCGGAAGCUGUUCCUUGGGGGCGUCUGCCAUUCAGGGGAUCUGGCGGUGUGGCACCCUGAUGGGGCUAUCCAGAUUCUGGAUCGCGCAAAGGACAUCAUCAUCUCCGGCGGCGAGAAUAUCUCGUCGGUGGCAUUGGAGUCGGUGCUGGUGACGCACCCGGAGAUCCUAGAGUGUGGCAUUGCCGCCGUGCAGGAUGAGCAGUGGGGCGAGAGGCCCAAGGCGUUUAUCACGAUCAAGCAGGGCUCCAGUCUGACGAGCGAGCAGAUGAUCCAGUGGUGCAAGGAUCACCGGGGCAUCAGCAGAUUCAUGGUCCCGCGCGAAGUCGAGGUUCUGGAGGAACUGCCAAAGACGAGCACAGGGAAGAUCAGAAAGAAUGUGCUCAGGGAUUGGGCCAAGGGAGGCAAGAGAGAGCUCUGA